AUGGCAAACAGUGACAGUGAGCCGGAUUUAACAAAUGCACAAGACGAGGUAAGCCGUCAAGUUUACCAUACGGCUAAAACAAUACAAAAGUUAGUUGCCAACAUGAAACCAACAAUGCCAUGGCUACCAUCAUCAGAAGAUUUAGAGUGUGAGAUUGAGAUGGUACCUGAUCUGCUCUACAAUAUGAUGGCAUGGAUUCUAUCAACAAAGUCCGAAUAUUCUGUUGAAAGAGUUUCAGACAUCUCACCGGAGGUCCAUCGCCUCGCCCUGUCUCUUUCUCAGGAUUUGAUACAUUCUGCCACUCGUGGACGAAUAAAAACACCAAAACAUGUCGUCCUUCCGAUGAUUGUAAAGAGCCUGACGGGGAAUGUUGAACUGAUAACCAUUCUAAACAGAUUUGGACAUGGUUUAUCAUACUCCCAAAUAGAGGAAGUGGAGACAGCUCUGGCAGAGAUGCAGAUUGCAAAGCGACAGAAUGGGGUCUUUGUACCAAGUGUCUGCUACCCUAAUGUACCAGGCGUUUUCUGCUGGAAUAACAACGACCUACGAGAGGAAACCUUGUCAGGUAAACUGUAGUCCCAAUUGAAAGUAAACUGCUCAUACACUUUGUUUCAGCGUAUGAGAAAAACGUUUCCAAUCUGUAACUAGAAAAACUAUGAAAAGUAGUCUUAAAAGUAGACUUAAAUAGUUUCCGUUCUCGACCAAUUGGUUAGGUAGGUUAAAAUAUCAACCAACAGCCAGGAUUUGUAGUAUUGAUUUAAGUCCCUUUUAGUAUUGAUUAAGGCAGGUUUUUACAUCAAUAUUUCCUGUUAUUUGUUCUGCAGGUAAGGGAACGACUCAUUGCACUAAUGGCAUUGUUAUUCAACGCAAACCUCUUAGCUGUGCUCUACCACCUGAAACUUCCAAUAACCAGAAUCGCUCCAAAAAACGUUCUAUUUCCUGCAUCUCUACUGACGUACUUCCAUAUCAUUCGGGACCUCGACAGGGACCUGAUACGCUCAAAAUUGAUCUCACCACUAUUAAACAAGCCUUCCCGGAAAUUGCAGCUUAUGCACGGGUCAUCGACUUUGGCUGGAUACUCUGCAGAAUGCCGAUCAAAGACGCGCUAUUUUCAUUGGAAGACAAUCAAAGGCAGGUUAUACCAGCGUGGUCAGGCUUCAACAUCAAACUACGCGAGGACAGUGUCCCACGUGAAUGUUCAGUUGGCUAUUGCCAAGUUAUUGAAGCCAGUCCCACAGAACUUCCCACACUGUAUACAGUGUUGCAAAGAUCUUUACAAAUGGCUGACCAGCUAGGGCAACAUGAUGUAAUUGUUAUUUUCGAUCAAGCGAUCUACGCAAAAGCACUUGAAGUACUAUGGCAGAACAAGGACCAGUUUCAGCGAUUGGUUGUCCGGAUUGGCUCCUUUCACACCAUCUGUGCCUUCCUUGCUGCUAUUGGCAAGCGAUUUGGAGAUGCUGGCCUUGCAGAUGUUUUGGUUGAAAGUGGUAUCGUGGGCUCAGGAUCUGUGGCCGGGGUUGUUGAAGGUCGUCAGUACAACCGAGCUGUACGUACACAUAAGGUACACAUAGCUUGAUUAGGUCUUUUUAGAGCUGAGUGGAUAAUAUCUUGAUGAUUCCUACAGGAUCAAACUUCACUUUCAACUUUUUUAAUCGAUGCUACGUAAAUAAAAUAAACAAUUUUUUUUAAACCUUUUGUUAUUUUAGAUUGUGUUUGAAGCAAUGCACCGACUACAGUGGAUGGGUUUCAAGUCAUGACUGCACCGUAGUGGUCACCGUGGCAACCGCAUGAUCCUUGUCAGUGCCAUAGAGCACAUCCGCAAAGAGUUUAGCACAGAGAAAUUUAACAGGCUGCUGUCCCUUCCGGAUUUCCUAGAAAUUUUCAAUCUUUACAAGGAAUACUGUAAAGAAGACAAUGGUCCGCUAAAGGUGUUUUGGAAUAGCUACCUGGAGAUGGUGGAGGUGCUGAUAAAUUUCGUAAGAGCAACCAGGGAAGGGAACUGGGCCAUGCAUCUUGAAGGCAUCAAGGAGAUGCUACCAUGGUUCUUCGCCUACGACCAUACUAAUUAUGCUCGUUACCUUCCAGUGUACUUAGCCCACAUGAUGUUGCUACCAGAAACUCACCCAGAGGCACAUACCCUCCUGUUAAAUGGUGAUUUUAGAGUCCAGCGAACAACAUAA